AUGAACAACACAUUUCAGGUGCAAGGAAUGAUUGAUUCAGGUUCCAUGGCAUGCACCCUCAGUGAGCAAGCAGAGUUGAAGAUGUUGGGUGAAAAUGUUCUCUCGAGACCAAUUCCUUUAACUCAGGAGGUUGUGCUCAUGGGAUGUGGAGGGACUUUAACCAAGCCUAAAUGCAUGUAUGAGGUCCAGAUGAAACUGUAUGGAGAGACUUGCAUUGUACCCGUACUUGUAGUCCCUGGCCAACGUGAUGAUUUGAUUAUAGGCACUAACGUCAUUAGGUUCCUCAUGCAUCAGUUGAAAGCGAGCAGUGACUAUUGGCGUCUUGUCUCCAGUGGCAGUCUACUUCCGGAGUGUGAACAGUUUCUCGACCUGAUGGCAAAUUCAUCCCGGUGGAGAGGUGGUGAGCUCCCAAGCAGAAUUGGUACUGUUAAGCUCCAACAGUCAGUCAUCCUGCUGGCACGACAAGAACACUUGAUCUGGGGUAAACUGCCAGCUCAUGUCCCCAUGUCAGCAGGUAGCACGGUAAUUGUUGAGCCCACUUCAUCCAAGUCCAUGCCUCGCAACAUCAUGGUUGGUCGAAUAAUCACACCAUUGUGGGGUGAUAGGUGGAUUCCCAUGAGAGUUACCAACAUGUCAGACAAACCCAUUACAUUGAGAAGGAACAAAAAGGUGGCUGAUGUAUUUCCAUGUUUGGCUGUGGAGGAUUUUGAAGUUUUUCAGGGUACCAGCCAACCUGAGGAAGUCAAACAGCAAAAAAAGCCUGCUGAUGCCACGUCUACAGACCUCAAGCAGCGACUACAACAGGUUGGCCUCACGGAAAUUAACAUUGAUGAAUGCCAUGCUGGCCCCCAUUGGAAAGAGAAAUUAGUGGAGCUACUUGAAAACUAUAAUGACAUUUUCUCCAAACAUGCGCUGGACUGUGGAGAGGCAAAAGGCUUCGUCCACCGCAUCCGCCUCACGGAUGAAAGACCAUUCCGCCUCCCCUACCGGCGAGUUCCACCAGCCCAUUACCAGAAGCUGCGUCAGGUUUUGUCUGAAAUGGAAGAGCAGGAGAUAAUCAGAAAAACAGUGGCUCAACGCGCGGACUCUGAAAGACGCACACCCUUUGCCACACCAAUCGGACUGUCUGGCAGCGUUAGGUGGAAACACCUACUUCAGCACGAUGGACUUGACUUCAGGUUUCUAUAAUAUCCCGAUGGCAGAAGAGG